AUUUAAAGAGCGCCCGACAUAAAUUCUAGCGACAGCGGCAUUGAGCACCUUGAUCUUGUCUGCGUAGUGCUGAAGGAUGAGUGAUGUUCUGCCUAAAAUUAAGUAACAAACCUGAUUAAACCAUAUGUUUACUAAUUAUAGAUAAGUUCAUAUGAAUCUAAGUGUAUAUAAGUAGGCUAUAUCUUUUGAAGUUAUGGGCAACACCGAAGUAGUGAAAUCGCUGGAUAUAAUGGGAGACCGUAAUCAAAGCGGUGUAACCAACAGAUCAAUCAGUGAUCGCGAGCGCUUUAAAAGCCUGGAUGACAUUGAUGUGACCGCCGACGGGAGUCCAGUGUUGAGAUGCAUGAUCUCCAUCACCUACUCUGUGGUUUGCGUCGUAGGUCUGAUUGGGAACCUGUUGGUGUUCUUCUUUAUUCGCGUGAGACAAGACAGACGCAUAUCCAAAAUAAACUUUUUUAUACUCAAUUUGGCAGUAACGGAUUUUCAGUUUGUGUUGACUUUGCCUUUCUGGGCUGUGGACACGGCGCUGGACUUCAGCUGGCCGUUUGGAGACGCCAUGUGUAAGAUCAUCCUGUCGGUGACCGUGAUGAACAUGUACGCGAGCGUCUUCUUCCUGACCGCGAUGAGCAUCACACGGUACUGGUCAGUGGCUUCGGCUCUGAAGGACCGCAGCAGAAAGACCAGCUGCUCCAUCAGGUGGGUCAGCGUCGUCCUGUGGUCCCUGGCCACCGUGGCCACCGCGCCAACAUCAAUCUUCUCCACUGUCACCAACGUGGCCGGCGAAAAACUUUGUUUAUUGCGGUUCCCCGACGGACAGUAUUGGUUGGCGGUCUAUCAUCUCCAGAAAAUACUGAUCGCUUUUAUUUUGCCCAUGGCAAUAGUCUCGAUCAGUUACCUGCUGCUGCUGAGGCUCAUCCGACAGCGGAGCAUGAAGAACAACUCAAAACGAAGAACGCAAGUCACAAAGUCCGUCACCAUCGUGGUCUUGUCGUUCUUCCUCUGCUGGAUGCCAAAUCAUGCCAUAACUUUUUGGGGCGUGCUGGUGAAAUUCAACGCUGUGUACUGGGAUAAGUCGUACUAUAUUGUUCAUACCUAUGUGUUUCCUGUGACUGUGUGCCUGGCGCACGCGAACAGCUGUUUAAACCCACUUAUUUACUGUCUUAUGCGUAGAGAGUUCAGGAAGAAACUGAAGGAUCUGUUUCUCCGAGUCUGAGAAACAGGUGCAUGUGCAUGCGACUCUGUCCUGUGCAACAAACGGUAUUUCCUUGUUUAAAGGGUUAUUGUACCCAAAAUUUCAGUCAUUUCCCUUUCAGACAUUUACUCAACCUCCUGUUUUUUCCAAGUCUGUAUGACUUCAUUUCCCCAGUGGAGCUUAAAAUGGAUAUCAGUUCACAGGUUUGGGACAACAUGAGGGUGAGUAAAUAAGAAUAGAAUUGUUAUUUUUGGGUGAACUGCCCCUUAACAGUAUACGUUUGUUGCAAUUGUAUUGCGUAAAUGUCUUUGUAUUACAGUGCUGUCCUCCUGGAACAUUAUUUUCAAAGAGCUUAAUUGUCAAUAUAAAAUGUCACCUUUUGUGUUAAAACCACCAUCAAAAUAAGCUAGUGACAUAAAAGCUACCUUUCAGUGCACCAUACUGUAACACUGACCGAUCGUCAUUCCUCUCCUGGGAAAAUAUUCACAUUAAUGCAGUAUUGUGCACUUUAGAUCUUAAUUUAAGGGGUAAUUGUGUAUAUCUUGUUGUUUUUGAAUGUUAAAUUAAAAUCUAUUUAAAUUAAAUAAUAAUAACCGUUGGGUAACAAGUGAAUACAAAUAAAACCACACUGACACUGGUAGAUUUAAAUCCAAAAGCUGAAUUGAAACCUGAAAAGGGCAUAAACGUCAAGCCUGGUCAAAUUACAAUAUUUUUUGGCCAAAACUUUGGUUUGAUAUUGUAGAAUAGAAUAAUGUUGUUUAAAUGUAGCAGAAAAGCCUAUAAUAAGCUGUUUAAUAGUAAGUUAGGCCUACAUUUUGACAACCCACAUUGUGUGGCAACAUGCACUGUUAUUGGUCAAUGAACAGUGAAUUGGUUCUAUGAACAGUUUCAGAACAGUAUCCUACACUGUAAAAAAUGACCAUGAAUCUAAUGGUAAAAGACUGUAAACAUGCUACAGUAAAAACCUGUUAAAUGGUUAAUGGUAAAUUCCCCAACUAUAUAUGGUGAAAAACUGUAUUGGACAUUACAUGUAAUUUUAUGGUAGUAUACCGUUUUUGGAAGUGAAAAAGAUGUAUAAUUUACAGUGAAUAACCGUAAAUUGAGAUUCCCUGAAUUCCUUGCGUUACAUUUAAAAUGUGUUACACCUCAUGUUGUUUAAUGAAUGUUUAUUGAAUUAUUUAAGUUCAAUGUAUGUUACCAUGAUGGUGUUUAGUGUUUGUGUGAAUAACUAUAAAUGU